AUGGCCCUCCUCGCCGCCGCCCGCCGCGCCUCGGCCGUGAUCCGCCCUAGGGUCGCUGCGGCGACCUUCUCCUCGACCAAGCGGAGCUCCUCCUCCUUCUCCGUCUGUGCCCUCCGCGCCAAGGUCGACUCCUGCCGCGACGAGGCCACGUUGCACCGCGCCAACGCUACCCCCCUCCGCGCCCACGCUGAAUCUGUCAACGCCACCAUCCACGACGGGGAGGUCAUCGACGUCAUUGACUCCAUGAUGCAGUCCCGCGACAGUGGCCUGGGAGGAUUUCACAGGUUACCUGCACCUGUUGACGGGAUUCCGAGUGACUUCCCAUUCCAGAUCCUCAAAGAGGAGGGGCUUAAAGACAUCACUCUUACAAGAAGUUUGAACGGUGAGCAGAUUGAGGUCGUGGUUUCCAUGCUCAAACCAGACGGGGACGAGGAGGAAUCCUCGGAUUCUAGGUACACGUCGGAUGAAGACGAGGGGGACAAUAGCCUGCCUCUCAGGGUCACGGUUUCCAAGGCCGAUGGAUCAAACCUUAAAUUCACCUGCACUGCCUAUCCUGACAAUGACAACAUCUUCAUCGAUACCUUGUCCGUGAGACACCCACCAUCAUGGGCCAAAGAACAUGAGGAAGAUGAUCCUGAUUUCAGUGAGCUGGAUGAGAGCCUGCAGGAGGCACGCAGUGAGCUGGAUGAGAUCCUGCAGGAGGCUCGCAGUGAGCUGGAUGACAACCUACAGGAGGUAUUCCGCAAGUAUCUGGAGCUGCGUGGGGUCACUCCCACGAACAUGAAGUUGUCGCACCAGUACUUGAUCAGCAAGGACAUACUCUGCAAUCAACUCUGGCUGACCAAGCUGCGGGAUUUCGUCAAGAAAGAUUGA